CCUGUGAUGUCAUCAGGUUGAGAUGCCCUGCAUGGAUUAUUGCCUUUGAAGCAUCUGCUCCCCUGGAUGUUAUUAGUGUGCAACAGUCCUGGUCCUUUUCGUUCCUCCUCAGCCAGGGAGCUGGUCUCAAAGUGGACACAGACACUGAUCAGCUCAACUAAGAGAGAUGCAGACAUUGCCUCAGCACCAACUGUUAGAGAGAGUUAGCUAAUAUGGCACGUUGAUGGCAUUUUGCCUGUUAUACAAGGUUGAUGCUGAGGGAUCAGAGAACAUUGGGGGAAGGGUUGUAAAAUCAGUGGUCUGACUUUAGUGUACCUAUAAUACAUCUGUGAUUACUAGUUAGCCUUCUGUUAAUCUGGAUAUACUAUUAUCAUUCUACAGUUUGCCACAGUUUUCUUCACAUUUCCUCUCCACCGUGUGGAACUCGAAGAGGUGUUAUGUAGUCGUAUUUGAGGAUUUUCAUCAUUGAUAUUUUCUAUUUGUUAGCCCAUUUUUCCUCCCCCUGCUGUCGGUGAUGUAAGUGGGAUCUGUUUUGUUGUAAUUAAGGGCCGACGUCAAUGAGUUGCAUUUCUAGCAAGCGGAGAACUCAUAAUUGCGAGCUUACAGCAAGACACGUGAAGGCAGCACCGCUCUGAUCCAGUCGAGCACGCGGCCGCGCACAGCUUCAUGUCCCUCCGGUGACUCUGAGCGCCUUUCGGACCCAUUCACCGCUUUGGGUUGCGCCGCAGGAUUUUAGCAGCGAGUCCAAAUCCCGGUGGCCAUCGCGGAACGAUGCCGAUGAAGUUGGAAAGUAAUGAGCGAGGAUGCUGACGCUUUGUUGGGAGGCUCGCAGGGCUUCUGUGCCGCGGUCAUCCCGCAGCUCAUCCCCUGCUGCUUUGUCUUCACUUGGCCCUCCGACACCGACCGUGAGCAGCAGUGGGGUUUGCCAGUACUGGACCAGCAGCAGCAGCAGGCCGGCACCAUGAGUGUGUACGGUGCCGGUGGCGGUGCUGCCGGCGGCGCCAGAGAAAGAGGAGCAGCAGAACAUUCCCGGGACCAGCAGCGGCGUUCCAACGACCGCUCUCGUGACUCCUCCCACGACAGAGGAGAGAGCCAGCUGACGCCGUGCAUCAGGAAUGUCACUUCCCCCACUCAGCAGCACGACCGCGAACGUGGCGACGGAGGCUCCUCCUCCCGAUCCUCCAGUCCCCGUCCUCCCAGGGUGUCUAUUCCCUAUUCUCACCUUGGCGGGCCUCUCAUUGGGGGCCACCUUCCUUGGCCCCUGGUUCCUCCCGGAGCAGAACGCCUCUCAAAGCCAGCGGCGCCCGGUCUGUGCGAUAUGGUCUAUGUGUAUGACCUCGGCAGCAAAGAAGGGCACCGCAGCGGCCCGAGGCUCGGAGAAAGAGUCACGCUCAUUGUGGAUAACACAAGAUUUGUGGUGGACCCCUCCAUCUUCACAGCUCAACCAAACACCAUGCUGGGCAGGAUGUUUGGUUCUGGGCGGGACACCAACUUUACACGGCCCAAUGAGAAAGGGGAGUUUGAGGUGGCCGACGGCAUCAGCUCCACCGUCUUCAGAGCCAUUCUGGAUUACUACAAGUCGGGGAUAAUCCGCUGCCCCGACGGCGUCUCCAUUCCCGAGCUGAGGGAGGCAUGUGACUACCUCUGUAUCGCCUUCAACUAUAGCACCAUCAAGUGCAGAGACCUCAGCGCCCUGAUGCACGAGCUGUCCAACGACGGGGCCCGCCAUCAGUUUGAGUGUUACCUGGAGGAGAUGGUGCUGCCGCUGAUGGUGGCCAGCGCUCAGAGCGGAGAGAGGGAGUGUCACGUGGUGGUGCUGACCGACGACGACGUGGUGGACUGGGACGAGGAGUACCCUCCGCAGAUGGGAGAGGAGUACUCGCAGAUCAUCUACAGCACCAAACUGUACCGCUUCUUCAAGUACAUCGAGAACAGGGACGUGGCCAAGUCCGUUCUGAAGGACCGAGGACUGAAGAAGAUCCGACUGGGAAUAGAAGGCUACCCCACCUACAAAGAGAAGGUGAAGCGGCGUCCCGGAGGGCGUCCCGAGGUCAUCUACAACUAUGUCCAGCGUCCCUUCAUCCGAAUGUCCUGGGAGAAGGAGGAAGGGAAGAGCCGCCACGUGGACUUCCAGUGCGUCAAGUCAAAGUCCAGCAGCAACCUGAUCGCGGCCGCCGCAGACGUUCCCCAGGUGCAGCUGGUGGUCAUGCAGCCCCCGGGGCCGCAGGGGGAAGAGCUGGACACCAACGACGGCCAUCAGCAGGCGCUCGGGCCGUGCCUGGAGAACAUUGCUGGCCCCCAAUUAGCGCUAAGCUACGAGGGUCCGAACCAGCAGGCCCAGGACGCUCCUCCCAGUCUGCCCCACGGCAACCAGCGGCAGGGCGGCGGCUACACUCAGGCCACCUACCACUACGAGCCGGACCCGGACAGCCCCUCCCCCUCUGCAUGACACAAAGACAUGUCAUGUGACCUACAGAUGCUCCACAUAGAACUAAACACUCAGUCAGACCCAGGAACCUGACAGCCAAUAAGCACACAACGCUCACAAUGAAGCACCUCCGGCGACUGGAUGCGGUCAGUGUGAAGGCAGACUGUCCCCCCCCCACGCCCCAGCAAAGCACCACUUUGCCUUGUGUUGCAACUCUGCUGCAGCCUCUCAGUCAGCACUCAGUCGUGUGUGUGUGUGUGUGUGUGUGUGUGUGUGUGUGUGUGUGUGUGUGUGUGUGUGUGUGUGUGUGUGUGUGUGUGUGUGUGUGUGUGUGUGUGUGUGUGUGUGUGUGUGUUGGACUCGAGGGUCCACUGUGUCUCGUCUUUUCUGUUGUCCACAUGAGGCGCCGUCCUUUGGUUCCACGUCUCCGGCGUCCUGGCUGAGCUGCUCUGAACUGGUUCAUCACUGCUGAGAGCACACAGGAAGUCAAGCACAUGUUGUUUUCUAAUAAAUGAUGUUCACUA